AUGAAUGUAAUCUUCAGCUAUCAAGAUGUUGAAGAUCUCAUCACCACUGGUUAUGAACCUCUUGCAGAAAAUGCAACAGCAGCGCAACAAACAACUUUCAGAGAAGUGAAGAACAAGGACAAUAAAGCAUUGUUCUUGAUCCAUCAAUGUGUGGACUCAUCGAAUUUUGAGAAGAUUGUUGGAGCAAAAACUGCAAAGGCAGCUUGGGAUAUUCUCAGUAAUGCUCAUGGUGGAGGAGAUAAAGUCAAGAAGAGGUUGAAAGAAAGGAAAGAGAAGAAAGACAACAAAGUCAAUCAAGAACAGGCCUUGUAUGCAAAGAAUGGAGGUCAAUGGAAUAAGAAUGGAAAGGGAAAGAAUAAAUGGAAUAAGAAUAAGGGAAAGGCUGAGUUCAUUAAUGAUCACAAUGGUGACCAAGAUCAAUCUGAAUCUUCAAAGAAAGACAGUUUCUUCAAGGGCAAGAAUGGUGGAAAGAAGAGUGACAAGAGCAAGAUUCAAUGCUACAGUUGUGAAAAGUGGGGUCACUGUGCUUCUGAGUGCAGAAGCAAGGGAAAUAAGAAGCAAGAUAAUGAGGCACAUCAUGCAAGACAUGAUGAGUCAGAUUUUGAUGGUUUCCUUCUUAUGGUGACUACAAACUCUAAAAGUGAUAACUCCAAGCUAUGGUAUCUUGACACCGGAUGUUCAAACCAUAUGACAGGGCAUAGAGAUUGGUUAUUGGAAUUUGAUGAUAAUUUCAAAAGCAAAGUGAAGUUUGCAGAUGACAGCGCUAUCUCAGUAGAAGGCAAAGGCAAAGUGAUGGUUCAAAGGAAGAAUGGUAAUCAUACUUUUGUCACUGAUGUGUUGUUUGUACCAACUAUGAAGCAUAACAUGUUAAGUCUUGGACAAUUGCUUGAGAAAGGGUUCAAUUACUCCACAAAAGAUCACUGCAUUGAAGUUUUUGACCCUCAGAACAAGUUGAUUAUAAAAGCUCCACUGUCAAAGAAUAGAACAUUCAAAGUGAAUUUUCAAGCAUCUGAAGUUCAAUGUUUUUCAAGUUUGAUCACUAAAGAUGAGAAAUGGUUAUAG